AUGUCGGAAGCAGUUACUGUCCCACCUGCGGAAGUAGAUGAGGUAGGCCAGAUCGAUCAGGCCGACCAUGCAGCCCAGGUAGACCAUGAAGCUCAGGUCGAUCAGGUCGAUGAGGUAGAUCAGGUAGAUCAGGUAGAUCAGGUGGACCAGGCAGCACCGGUAGACGUAGUAGAGAAGAAGAAGAAGAAGAAGAAUAAAAGCAGGGGCAAGGGUAAGGGCAAGAAGAAGCAGGCUAAUCCGACUGGAUUCGAGGAGUUUUACGCGGACCCUCCCAUCACUCCGGAUGAGCACGAAGAGGAAUCAGACCUCUACUCUGAGUCCAGGCCAUUUGUCGAGCGCAUUCAAACAUGCAUUCAGCGGUACAGAGCACGCCGCAAGCUCGAUGAAGUCCGUGGCAACAUCUUCUCGAAAUAUCUCAUCCUAGGAGGCAUUGAGUCGACCAACAAAAUGUUCACAGGUGGAAUGCUGGACAGGGAGACUUUGGAGAACUCUACUGCGCGGGAAAUAGCUGCCAUUCAAGCCAGCGACUUCAUUCGCCCCGGAAGCAAGAAGUACUAUGAUCCAGCUGAGGCUGAUAAUUGGGUUGUCGACUGGGAAGGCGUUGCUAAAGGGUUCUUCUCUCACAGAGUCCCUGAACAACUCGGAACCGAGACAGAAAGCGAGGUCAAGCUAUAUAGCGCAGUCAUCCGAAACUUCCUUAAUUAUGUGCUUCAGCAUCGGGUUUGCAUGGAGUAUACGGAGGAUGUCAUGGCAGCACGCAUGAUCUGCACCCUAGCUGAGAAGCAGUUGUGGGCCAUCGAGCAGAUCCGCUCGAAACUCCCUGGUGACUUCAAUAUCGCCGCUUCGACAUUCUGUGGCGGCUGCUACCAUGGCCGCCACGGUUCGGCCCAGCCAUGGCAUGAAGGUGAUCUAAGGACUAAAGACUUGGGCCCAGCAGUUCGAGGUUUCGCAGAGGCCGAGGCAACCCGCAUCUUCCAGACUAGUAUCGCAUACGCUGGCACAGACGACCUCUUCGUGCAAGCGAUGGAUGAUGGUAUUCGAAUCGUGAACACAUCAUCCAGGUAUUACCAAAUCGUGGAGAUCCAACGGCCAAAUUUGAAUGACAUCGAGGAGUGGGCUAAAGUGAAGAACCAUGAGGGGGAGGAGGGGCUCAUUAAACCUUUAGGGUUCGUGAAGUGCGAGGCCUGGGCCGGUCCUGGCUUGGAAGACCUAGAUCAAUCUGAUGACGAGUUCUCACAAGAAAUGGGGUCGACCGUUGACACAUUUUGGCUCGAGGACGAUAUUCUUCAGCUCAUGUUCGAGGGCAUGAAGGUAGAAUUGCUUGUUCAUGAGCUCAACAUCGGCGUCAAGUUCUUCGACCAAGUUCUUGGCAUAUAUUGCUCCUUCUAUAGCUUCCCGGAGAACGAGAAAAUGAUGGGCUGGAAGGACCCAGGCAAACCAGCUCCUACCGACGAUGACCCGGAUGCCGAGGAGAGAGCUCUGGAAAGAAUGAUGGAUGAAGAUGUCGAGGACGCUGAGAAGAAGUUUGACGACCAGAAAGACGAUAUAAGCUUGAAUACCGGAUCGUUGGCCGAAAGUGGAUCCGAUGCGACUGCACGAUCGAUAUUGCAUUGGCAAGGAACUCGGAGCAUUUGCUCUCAGACGGCGUUUGCGGAGGCAGCGGAUUCUCGAGAUGGUCAGGCCGAUCCAGUGAGCGUGCGAACUCGACCCCCUUAA